UCCCGUCCUCGCCCCCUCAUGGCGAAUUAGCCCCGGCUCCGCCUCCCGCCCCCCUGGUGCUACCUCUCCCCCACCUCCGAUCGAUCGGCCGGGCGACUCCGCGGCUCCGCUCUCCGCUCCGCUACAGAGAUCUUGCAAAAUGGAAACUCUACGUGACAUGGCCCUGCCACCAGGGUUUGGAUUUCAUCCCAAAGACGCUGAACUCGUUUCUCACUACCUCAAAAAGAAAGUGCUCGGUCAGAAAAUCGAAUAUGACAUUAUACCUGAGGUGGAUAUAUACAAGCAUGAACCAUGGGAUUUGCCUGGGAAGUGCAAUGUUCCAACUCAGGAUAACAAGUGGCAUUUCUUUGCUGCUCGAGACAGGAAGUAUCCCAAUGGUGCCCGCUCAAAUAGGGCAACGGUUGCUGGGUACUGGAAGUCUACUGGAAAAGACCGGGCCAUUAAGGUGGAUAAGCGGACCAUAGGUACAAAGAAAACUUUAGUUUUCCAUGAAGGCCGGCCUCCCACUGGCAAACGUACUGAGUGGAUUAUGCAUGAAUACUACAUAGAUGAGAAUGAAUGCCAAGCCUGCCCUGAUAUGAAGGACACUUUUGUUCUCUGUAAAGUUACUCAAAGAACUGACUGGACAUCAGAGAACGGAAACGUGGUGGGCAACAAUAAUCAUCAUCCACAACAAUCAAAUGUUGCUGCUACAUCAGCUGUCAGUGUUGAACAACAAGAUGCUGCUGCUUCUUCAGUUGUUGGUGCUGAACGACCAAGUGAUGUUGCUACUUUAGAUACUGCUGCUCAGAUAACAACUCCAGAUGGUGACGAUGGAAUACAGGAAUGGCUGGAGGAACUGAUUGAUACUUCCUUUGAUCCGUCCCUUACCACUGUAGUGGAUUCAGUUUCUGCUGGACCAUCUCCGGAUGAACAAAUUGCUGAGUCAUCGAACAUUGGGGCUAUGGCUUUAAAGAUGGAACCAGACUAUGCCAGUCCUAACCAGAUUGGGGUAGAUGAUACGGAUUUCCUGUUGCCAGAUGAUAUUCACGCCAUGUUGUAUCCUGGUACUGAUGACUUCAAUUCAUGGCAUGCUGAGCAGGCAGCUGUUUUUGCUGAGCAAACAUACUUUACGGCGGCAGAGCCCUUUACUCUGCCGAACAACUUUGCUGAUGGAUUUCAGAUGGAAGAGCUUCAGUUACCUCUGGAAAAUAAUGAGCCUUCGGAUAAUGGAAUUACAUUACGAAUGCGUGAUGGAAAAGCACCUGCAGAUAGCACUCCACAACGCAGGUCUAAAGCUCAGCGCGCACUUAACAGGAUGGUAAUGACCAGCUCUGAAUCUAUCAACCAGACUGUCAAGUUUGUUGACAACAACGGUCAUCUUGAUCUCAUGACUAAUGUCAAGCACCAGAGGAAACAUGUGCGUGGUAUUACUUCUAUCGAGCAGUCUGAUGCAGGAAAGUCAAGCAGCAAUGACAACAACCAAGGAUUUCUCAGGGGCGUUGGAAGGGCAUUUAGAGGAUGUUCAGCAGUUGGACUGAAUAUACUCAUUGCUGUUUGCAUGGUUGGAGUUGCCGCAGCAAUACUGCAUCAUGGACGUCACCGAGGUGCUGGGAUCAUUCUGUAGUAGAGGGGUCAGAAGCAUCCUAGGUUUUAGUCAUGACCAUCUACUCACUGUGAUCUUGACAGUCAGCACUGUGAUUGAAGUGGAUGAGCAAUCGAGUAUGCGGCUGGGGUGCUUGCCUUCUGGAGAUAGUUGCUCAUUGGUGGUGCAGAACAUUGAUCCCCUUGUAUGAUGGUGCUGUAUAUAGGAAGUUCUUUCUUCUUGAUCGACUCACUGUGUGGCUAGCUAUUAUGGUGAGUGAUGAGUGCAAAAUAGAAAAAAAGAAAAAAAAAAGAAACGGGAGUAUUACAUGUUAGAUUUGUAACCUUGAACCAUGUUUAAUAGCUUGGGAGUCAUUUUUCUGUUUGAAAAUGAACUCAGGAUGUAAAUUAGCGAUUAAUAGUCACCAUCAAUUCAAAUAUGGAUUUGCUAUUAUUCUCAUCCGAAUUGACGACCUGUUCGGUUCAA